CGGCCUAGUCGGAGCUGGGAGACGCGCUCGUGUCGUGCAGCGAACGGUGCCCUCGAGGUGCGACUCCACCGGCCGGCCAGCAGCACUCCUUCCGAUCCGCCAACGACCUACCAUGUCCUCCUCGAAGACGACACGCAAGUACACCUACACCUCCUCCGGUGGAGGAGGAGCAGGUGGCGGGAGCUCUGACAUCCAAGUGGAGUUCCACACGGACCAGAUCGCCCUCGCCAGGAUGGAGGACCGGAUCCGUCAGCUGCAGGAUGACCUCGAGUCGGAGAGGGAGAUCCGGCAGCGGAUUGAGCGGGACAAGGGUGACCUGAGCGUCAACCUGAUCCAGAUGCGGGAGCGCCUGGAGGAGGCCGAGAGCGGUGUGGACGGUCAGAUCGAGAUCAACAAGAAGCGAGAUGGCGAGCUGAUGAAGCUGCGCAAGCUGCUGGAGGACGUGCACCUGGAGAGCGAGGACAGCCUCCACAUGAUGAAGAAGAAGCACCAAGAGGCCAUCCAGGAUUACAUGGAUCAGCUUGACUCAAUGUCGAAGAUCAAGGCCAGACUCGAAAAGGAGAAGAACAAGCUACAGACUGAGAUGUACGAGCUGAUGAGCCAGCUGGAGGGCUCCAACAAAGACAAGAUCACCGUCCAGAAGCACUGCGAGAAGCUCGAGAUCACCGUGCACGAGCUGAACAUCAAGAUCGAGGAGAUCAACCGCACCGUCAUCGACCUCACCAGCAUCAAGACCCGCAUCUCCCAGGAGAACAUCCAGCUGACGAAGGAAGUGCAGGACCUGAAGGUGACACUCGAGAACAUCGAGUACACCAAGCACCAGCUGCAGACGGCGCUCAAUGAUGCCAACCGUCGUCUGGAGGAGGAGGACCGGCGUCGCAGCGCGCUGGAGUCUCAGCUGCACACGGUGGAGACGGAGCUGGAGUCGGUGCGGCACCAGCUGGAGGAGGAGUCCGAGGCGCGGCUCGACCUCGAGCGCCAGCUGGUCAAGGCCAAGGCCGACGCCGACAACUGGCGUGUCAAGUACGAGAACGAGGCGCUGGCGCGCGCCGAAGAGAUCGAGGAGCUGAGGCGUAAGUUCGCGCUCAAGAUCCAGGAGCAGGAGGAGCACAUCGAGUCGCUGAUGGCCAAGCUGGCGCAGGUGGAGAAGCAGAAGGCGCGGCUGCAGUCCGAGGUCGAGAUCCUCAUCAUCGACCUGGAGAAGGCCAACGGCACGUGCCGCGAGCUCCAGAAGCGCGUCGAGAUGCUGGAGCGCAUGAACAACGACCUCAAGGGCAAGCUGGACGAGCUGGGCGCCCUCUAUGACCAGAGCCAGCGCGACAACCGCGCCAAGGCCGCCGAGAUCCAGCGCCUCAACGUGGAGAACGACAAGCUGAAGGAGCAGAACAACAACCUGAACCGCGAGAACAAGAAGCUCGGAGACGAGAACCACGACCUGAAGAACGCGCUGGCCGAGCUGACGCGUCGCUACCACGAGCUGGAGCUGGAGAACCGGCGCCUGGAGAACGAGCGGCAGGAACUGGCCGCCGCCUACAAGGACGCCGAGGCUGGUCGCCGCGCGGAGGAGGCCCGCGCCCAGGCGCUGUCGGCCGAGCUGUCGCAGGUGCGCCACGAGAUGGAGAAGAGGCUGGCAGCCAAGGAGGAGGAGCUGGAGACUGUCAGGAAGACGCUGACGCUGGAGAUCGAACAGCUGAACGGCCGGCUGGCCGACGCCGAGGCGCGCCUCAAGGCCGAGGUCCUCCGCAUCAAGAAGAAGAUGCAGAUCACCAUCACCGAGCUCGAGAUGUCGCUCGACGUGGCCAACAAGAACAACAUCGAGCUGCAGAAGCAGAUCAAGAAACUGUCUCUGCAGCUGACGGAGCUGCAGGCGCACUACGACGACGUCCAGCGCCAGCUGCAGGCCACGCUGGACCAGUACGGCAUCGCCCAGCGGCGCAUCCAGGCGCUGUCGGCCGAAAACGAGGAGCUGCGCGGCAACCUGGACCAGGCUCAGCGCCUGAAGCGCGCUGCCGAGGAGCUGGCUGAGGAGUUCCGUGUGCGCAUCAACGAGCUGCAGACCAUCAAUGUCAACCUGACCAGUGUCAAGAGCAAGCUGGAGCAGGAGCUGGCCAACCUCACGGCGGACUAUGACGAGGUCACGAAAGAGCUGAAGAUGACCGACGACCGCUGCAUGAAGGUCCAGGGCGAGCUGAAGCACACGGUCGACAUCCUCAACGAGGAGCAGGUGCGCAUCGUCAAGAUCGAGACCAUCAAGAAGACGCUGGAGGUGGAGGUGAAGAACCUGACCAUCCGGCUGGAGGAGGUGGAGGCGAGCGCCAUCGCCGGCGGCAAGCGCGUCAUCAGCAAGCUGGAGGCCCGCCUGCGCGACCUCGAGCUUGAGUUCGACAACGAGAAGCGUCGCCACGCCGAGACCCUCGGCAUGCUCAGGAAGAAGGAGCGCAACGUCAAGGAGCUGAUGGUCCAGAUGGAGGAGGACCAGAGCAACGUCAUGAUGCUCAAGGAGGCCCUCGACAAGGCGUCGCAGAAGAUGAACCUGUACAAGCGGCAGCUGCAGGACCAGGAGGCCACGUCGGCGCAGAACAUCAACCGCGUGCGGCGGUUCCAGCGCGAGCUGGAGGCGGCCGAGCAGCGCGCCGAGACGGCCGAGGGCAACAUGAGCAUGAUCCGCAGCAAGCACCGCAGCUUCGUCACGCAGUCGGCAGUGCCCGGUGGCUCGGUCACCGUGGUGCAGGAGUCGCGCCACUUCGAGGAGUAGGCGGCGCCGCCGCCAGCCGGACCGCGGCGGCGAGGGCUGGGCGCCGCCGCGGUUCGGGGCGCCGGCACGACCGCGCCCCCGCUUCCACGACAGCUCCGACGCCGCACGCGCGACCGUACCGAGUCGUGGCGGGCGGGCCGGGCGGCGGCGGCCCGCACCGCGGGAGCGCGCCGCCCGCGCCCGCCGCCGCCGACACACGACAGGCUUCUGACUGCACUCGUAUGAUGGGUCGUAAUACACUGUGAGACGUG